AUGAAGUUUAUCUGGAAACAUCCAAAAUUUGCUCAAGCCGUUUUCAAACAAAAUAUUCGGGCGAUUCCUCGACCCUCACCGGCGGUCUGCUGUCACCGUGCCAAUCUUCCCAAGUUCAUGAUAUAUUUGCUUUCCCUCGGUAUGAGCAACCGUCUGCCACCAAACUCCAGCAAGUCAAGCCCUUCCUGGCGUAUCACUCCCCUCUCACCACCCACCACACAUGUGACUAUCAGCGACCUGAUUGUUGGGAAUCCCACUGCUUCACCAGGUGGAAUUUCAGGAGGUUCUGGGAUUCCCACUUCGACGCUUCCAAACAGCACAGCGAGUGUUCCAACCACUUCUGGAAGUUCAAAUGUUGAUACGAUUCAUGAAGUCCCCACUGAGCCGACGACGAUAACUACCACUUUUCUGACCCAACCACCACCAUCACCAAUCAUGUUCCUCGUUGCCCUAGCAUCGACAAGUACGCCGCAACUGAUGACAAAUACCCUAACAGCGACGGAAGGCGUAACUCAGCCUCCCGAAUCAACGCUACUAGUGUCUGCAUCUCCAGUGACAUCAGGCUCGGUUAUGGUUGAGGGAGGAGGGGACGUUCGCGCUAACCCAAGUUCAAAUGAUUCGACUCCACCAAUCACAUUGAAAGCGUCAUCAGGCAGUGCGAUAAAAGAUUUCGAGGGUUUAGACGACCUCGAGAUCGUCAAUCAUAAACUCCAACCAAUCCAUUCUAUCGGCUCACCUCUCGGGGAAGAUGCCACUCUUCCCGAUGGCAACAGCGUUUCAAGAAACAGUUCAAGUGAUGCAAUAGGGGUGGUAGAUCAUUCUGUGGUUGUGAACAUCCCGCCAGACGCGAAUGUUGGGGAGAAAGAGCCUUUGACUUUGAAUAGCGGCGAAGCAACUAAAGUGUUGGGCGACCAUUUACUCACCAACGAACACGUCUUCGCCCCUUGGUACAAAUAUGCUUGUGCAGACGUCUUGUUGUCCUUGGAACCCGAGGGUAGCAGCUCGGACGGCACGAAAUCGACUCUUCAUAGAUGGGAGAACUUCUGGGACAAUGGCUCUCCUUUUUUGAAGUUGCCAUUCCAGACAAUAACAUACGCGUUCAUGAAGGGCAGUCUUAUACAACAACGAAAAGUUGUAGCAGUCCUCGACCAAUGGAGUCGUUAUGCCAAUAUCAAGUUUGAACAUAGGGAAUCCCUUAACGAAGCUACCAUUCGUAUCAGUUUUGAAGAGAGAUUCGGCUCUUUCUCAUACAUUGGGAGAACUAUCGAGUCCAUACCAAGGGACAGGGCCACCAUGAAUCUGGGAUGGCUGGAAGACACGCUUCUCUUUACAGAUGUUGAACGAGCUGUCCUUCUGCAUGAAAUUGGCCACACUCUGGGACUUUCACAUGAGCAUGCCUCUCCUGCACUAGGGGGGCAGGGAACACUGAAACAAGAGGCGUAUGAAAAUUAUAACAACUACGUCAUCGGAGGCGCUGAUGAAGCUUUGGUGGCAGGGGCUUUCAACGCAUAUGCCAAUUUCGAACUGAGCAACUACCUGGAGACAGACGCUGGAUCGAUUAUGAAAUAUUUCAUGCCGCAAGAAAUGAACGAGGAAUCUGUACAGUUCCUUCCCAACUACGGCCUUUCAGACAUGGAUCUAGCGUUUAUCAUGAUCAUAUAUCCUUUCCCUGCGGGUUCUACUCCAGUAAAAGACGGAUGGAAUCUCGACCACGCAUUAUGGAUUGCAGGUGUCGAUGGAGAGAUCAAAGAACUUAUUUUGGAGGAAUAUGCUCGUUCCAACUGGCCGGAAAUGAGAUUCCAGUUCAUCAACUAUUACACUGAGGCUCGGGCCGCCCGCUCUUUCCACGGAGUUACCGAUGACCAACACCUGCCUAGCGAAAGUGUUGAGCUUGACUGGCACUUGCCUAGCGAAGGUGUUGAGCUCAGCUGGCACCCGCCUAGCGAAGGUGUUGAGCUUGACUGGUGCUGCGCAGAGGAUGCAUUUACUGGAGACGAGGCCAAUGAUACAGUCGCCGCCUUUGACGAGAAUUUGUGGCUCCCCGGCGAUGUUAUUACAUACUCCUUCGUCCAAGGCUUAAAGGAUGCCACGCCAUACCGUCAGCGUCGAGUUGCUGAAACAUACGCUUACUACUCCAGCAUAACUAAUCUGAGAUUCAGGAAGAUUCCCUUUGAUGGGCUUGCUCCAGCAAAGGCUGACAUACACAUUUAUUUUGGCCCCAUCCCAAACGGAAGAUCUUCAGGAUGGAGUAUGAUUGGAACGACAUGCCAAGGGUCUCGCCAAUCACAGGCACUCAUUCAUGAAAGAGGUGGAACUGUGGAAAGCUCAAUGUGUUUUACAGAUAUGAUCGCAAGGACGGAGACGAGCAUUGGGGACAAGGUCCAAGAGGAGCGCAUACUCUUUCACGAAAUCGCCCACUCCCUUGGCCUCAGGCACGAGCGUCUCUCCACUGUAACAACAGACACCCACCACCAUAGCGAAUCAGUUGUGGUCCCAUUUGAUCUCAACUCCAUCAUGUUGUACGCAGAUCGGUCUCUUGAAACCACAAAAAAUUGGAAGAACUUCAAAGAGUUUUUCAAUUUCCGUUCUCCUAGCUUCAACCAUCUUCCGUCUGUGAUGGAUGAGGCAGUCUUAGGGGUGUUGUAUCCUUAUCCCGACGGAGAUGUGUUUGACCACUUUGAAGGUGAUCUUCGUAGCUUGGGCCUCCAGUCAAACCUUGGCAAGUUAUCUGCACAACGGGAUAGGGCGUUCAGUUUCUCUGGCCGUCUGGACUUCGCCGUUGAAAUAGGACAGUUGAGAAGAAUGAUCUACGAUGCCCUUGCAAAUCUUGCAGCAAAUCCACCGUCGUCUUCUUUUCUACUGACCCCCUCCAUUACCUCUGCGGCAAUAGGUCAAACUUUCCAUACCCCGUCUCCCUCCAUCAACAAACCACUGUUUAAGGUUAUGGGAGUUCGUACGCAGCCGAAAACUACGACUGGACCUUUCCUCAAAACCAUCCUCGAUGAGCUUACAAAACUUUUUGCACCAAAUUCUGGUCAGGUUUUUGCGCUCCAGAUUCCUGGGCGAUGCCUCUCUCAGGACCAGUACGCAUGGGACACUACAGCUGCUGGCAUCCAUGGCCAGUCCAUCAAGCCCGCAGCCGUUACUGAGAGUGAAUUCCGUCUCACCGAUCAACUUUACAAUGUUGGCAACGUCGUUAGUACUCCCAACGGCCUCAAUCUAUCCCUUGUUUAUGAGCAAUGCUUAAACAAUUUGGUACCUAGUCCACAACAAACAUCUAUCACGAGGCAGCAAGAUCAAGUGCGUAAAUGGCUGAUGACUGACGUUCCCAUUACGGGGUGGGUCAAAGAUCUCGUCCGCUCGCAACGGACACAGCCGAACUCGGAUGCAGCUGUCUCUCCGGAAACUAGUGCACCUAGGGCAAUUUCAGCUCCUUCCGCCACAUCCCCCGAGAAGUCUCUGAAACCUACCUUUCCGGUUCUCCAUAAGCUCACAGAAGAGGGCAAAAUCAAUCGCAUGGAGCUCGCCGACGCUUUGAUGAUAGAGUAUCUGACAGCAAAGCAAGCAUGGGAGGCCGAGCGCGACGAGCUGAUCCUGGCUCUGAAAAGUGACAACACAGAUGCUGCCACUCGUCAUCUUAACCACGUCACCGCCAUUCGAGAGGGUCAACUUGCUUCAAAGUAUGCGGAUGCCGUUGUCAGAGGUCAUUCGCAUACUGUUCGUCAGUACCUCGGAUACUUAGAUAUCAAGAGUGCUGCCGAGUUGUUACAAGACGCCAAGGACGCUCUCCGCAACUCUGCUUCAAGCUCUUUGGACGGGAGCAUGACGAUUUAUCCCGUACAAUUUCAGCCCAUCGAUUGGUUCCAAGGAUUAUAUACCAACUUCACGGUCGAAGACCUUUUCAUGAACCCCGAUUUGAUCGCGCAAGCGCUGGAUGCAAAGUCGAAGCAGCUCGACAUCCUCAAUACACAGCUAGUUUACUUGCAGCGGAGCCCAUCGUUUGGCCAUGAUUUUGAGGAGUCGCAAGGAACGAUUGAUGUGGCACAAUCAAUGUACGACCAGGCUCAGGUGGAACUUUACACCACCUAUACCAACAAUGUAACCUCUUUGGCUAAAACGUGUAUCAACGCUAGCGGCGAGUUUGUAAUGGACGAGUUUGUCAAAUUGGCAAAGGCAUCAGGGAUCUCAGAGGCUGCAUUUCUCAACAUCGAGCAAGCAAUGGCGAAGAUUACGUCAGCUCAGCUUGCUAUCGUACAGGUUUCGCGUGCGUACACGCACGUAUUCUCAGCAAAAUCGCUCGCACAGGCGGCAGAGACUGCGAACGAAACAAUCAGGAUUACAGCUGAUAUUAUUGCGCUGACGAGGGAGGUUGAUGAGCUUACCAGUUAUCUUCGAGUCUUGCGCUUCGGCAACGCGAAGGCGACAACAGCGACAGACUCCCUGAAAUUUGCCUCUGUCGACGAUGUUGAUCUCAUACCCAAGGAAAUUACCUCUAGCCCCAGUAGAUGGCAAGAAGUCACCAUCACUCAUACAAUCGACAAUCCCUUUUCCUAUGAAAGCAAAUUUGACAGCUCAAAAGAAGACUGUAGCUUUUUCCAUAAACCCGAAUCCUUUUCAGCUUCGGGGAAAGAUUCCCCCCUCUCUAACAUCUCAUCGGUCACUGUCGAAGUUGGCUUCCGUUGUACUCUGGUCACCGUUGACCGUGGAAGGUGGUUUCAACCUCAGUUCUUCAAACAAUCCAAUAGUUUCUGUCACGUUGAUGAGAAGGUAUCGUGGUCGAAAUGGCCACAAGACUUCAAGACAACAGACAACCUGAUAGCCCAGGGGCUGCAUGGAGCAUUUGAUGACAUCAACAAGUACCUCAGGCCCGCAUUCCCCACUGGUUUUCUCAUCGCUAAGGAUAUCACCAUCAAGGUUUUGCAAACGUCUGCCGAAGUUCGGUCUAGCGCUGCGGCGUUUGAGAAAGCCGUUGCUUCUUCUGCUGGUAUUCUUUGCUGGUCCACGAGCUCCCCGCAUGACCAAAGCUCUGGAAAAACGUACGCAUACGCCCAGGCCGACGACGGCUACGUCAUUCGCAUCCCAAGACCUCAGAUCAUGGGUUACAUGCUACAGUUUACUGACCCCGACAUGACUAAGCCUAUUCCUGAUGAAGACUUUUUGAGCUCUGAUGAUCAAUAGCUCCACAAAACCACCCUCCUCAUGAGAGACCUGCGCUCGCUGACCCAACGUCAAUGGCCGCCUCGCGUCCUGACGACGGCUCAUUUUCAACUUCGUUGGAUACCUCCUAUCAAACCAUCUACCUCUCACAGCCCUAAUUUAUUCCUAAUCAAACCAGGUUUGAACUGUAUUUUUGCUUCGCUCCCAACUAUUACGUAUUCUUUUACUUCCGGUAUUCAGCAGACAAUCAUUUUUGUAUAUCCAUUACGGCCUUAAUUACCUACAUACCCUAGAUUUAUGGUAAUUUUGGUUUACAAAAUAUACCACGGCUUCGGACAUUUGUAUUACAUUUUUCUUGUGCUGGC